UUCUUUUCCAUACCACAAUGUGAUGUUUGUCAGGAUCGACUCAGAGCAUAAUCCCAACCCAGUAUGAAGCCAGGUCCAUCUGCCAACACUACCGAUAAUCUUGUGACGGCUACCCAAUACCAUGAGCUGCUCAUGAAGCAUGAAGCUCUUCGCAAAGCUUUCCAUGAAUACAGAAAGGAGGCUGAAGAUCGCGCUAUAAAGGCCGCCCAGAAAAUUCGCGAGUCGAAAGAAACUGUCCGCAAAUGGAAGGAAUACAUUGAUAAGAAAUUGGCCAAGCAAGCAUUGCGAGAAGCAAAUCGCGACUUUGAGAACCAGGACUUUGCCACUCCUCGUGCUGUUCAAUCAAACCUGCAAAACAUCGAAGAAGCUCUUGCACUACCCCAUCCGGCCCUCGAGGUUGUUAGAAACACGUCCGCCGCGCCAUCACAUUCUCCGGCCCAUAGUAGGAUUACUUCCAGCCAGACGACAGAGGGCGAAGCUCGUUCGAGUUCUCUUGCGCACUCUGAUGACUCGCCUGUUGUUGUCUCUGCAAAGGUUCUCAAAAGGAAACGCGAGUCUCCCAAACGAGAUUCGCAAGCUUGCAAGAUAAAAAACGAGCUUCUAAGCAGCAGUCCACACAACUCGCACGCCUUUGUACCGACUCUCUUCCGGGCGGAAGACUCGGAUCUGGAUGUAUAUCGAGAUCCGUCUGUCCAGCAGCAACAAAAGGAGAGCACGAGCCUAGGUCAUCCACUCAGUCGAGCACCCUUGAGACAAUCGGUAGACCGAGAUGUCGAGACAUGUGCAAUGUCUGACCACUAUGAGACUCCAACAGCGGAUCGCACAUACAGGUCUCGUUUACCAGACGAUGAGCUUGCAAACGUCGCCAUUGAUCGUAGUGCAGAUUCCGAGGCAGAUGAUGCUCAUCUCUCCGAUAGCACGGUGAAGACUGUGAAAACAGAGCCUGGUUUUAGCACAACGUCCAAGUCUAGGGAGAACAUGCUGGUCAGGACUGCAAGCAAGAGUGUUGGACCACGAGAUUCACGGCCGUCGGGAGGCCCAUUACAUGACUUGAGUCCCAACACGCCUACUCUACCUCGAACGAGUGCAGCCUCCGUAACAUCCGGCAAGAAACUCGACCAUAGCAGGGGAGCAGCUGCUGUACAUGUGCUGUCAGAAGAUGGAGACAACAUCAAGCGUGGGUUUAAGAAACCGCGCAUUGAUGACGGAACGCCCAAGCCAGCAGGUACUGGGAGAUUGAAUGGACUCCUCGAGGGGACGUCGCCUCAGGUUGAUAGAACAAUCUCGAGUCCACGUUCUGCGCCAGCUCUGCAACGACAACGCGAGUGGCUAGACAAAGCUGCGACGAAAGAGUUGGAACUGCAUGCCGUCUCAGAAUCCGUGGAGAGACCUUCCAGCCGCAAUGUCAGAACUUUACGAGACAGACCGAUACCACGGCCAAUCGUACGAUACAAUCCAAAGGAUGACCUGGAAUCUAUUCAACCAGAGCAUGAGCCUCUGCGAGCUCGGCCACUCCAGCGACUCAGUCUCGACGAUUUCAAAGUAAAUCCUAAAUACAGCGGGGCUCUAGGAUUCGCCUAUCGUGAGAGCAUCCGCAGAUAUGAAGAGAAAAAGUGCCUGUCAGGUUGCACAAGGGAAGAAUGCUGUGGUGCGAUUCGCAGAUUCAUCGCCGCGGGCGGCUUGCCGAACGACACCUCACUUACUGAUGAUGAGUUGACGUUGCAAGGGUAUCUUGGUUCUGCGUACGUGUCUGUAAUAAAGGACGCAACCGCGGAGGACAGAAAGAGUAUGCUGAUCGAAGCAAGAGCCAAGGCGUUCGCAGAUCAGCAUGGCAAGCACAGAGAAGUGUUUCAAAGGAACAGAACACCUCCUGGAUUCUGGCGUACCGAGAUGCCUUCCACACAAGAAGAAGAACAAGACAGAGAGGAGGCAAGGAAGAUGGAGCGACAGAAGGUGGAAGAAAGGUGGAGGGACGCCAUGAGAGGUGGUAGCAGAUACAUGUUUCGUGAUGAGAGCUGAGAGAGCGGAUAUUGUGAAGCAUUCGAGUUCGCUUUACUCCUAAUAUCGCUAGACAGCAUUGAAUAAUCAUCAGCUGGCGAGCCUCUAGCCAAAGAUUAUUCGGCUUUUUAUCUAUCGCUUGCCGCAGGCCUCAUUAGACUGUAAUGAAGUUGUCCUAUGCAUGCACAUAGAAAUUUCCACUCUAGCCAUCCUUGAAUGCUACCUCU